AUUAGUUCAAACUUGAUCGCUCAAGUGUGGAGAAGCAGUAACAUAUCGAAGAAGCCACAUUAUUUUUACUGUGUGUUAACACAAUUGCCAAACGUUGAUAGCCUGUAGUUAUAGACUAUAUACAGGAACUAUCAUGCCAGCAAAACAAGAAAAAUUUUUACCUCGAACCGCUUUCGCUUGUGCCGUAACCAGUUCACAAUUAUUUGGUGUUGGUGCGAUGAUAAUGACUGGUAUUUGGCUGUCGAAAUACCAAGGCGGUUUUGCCUGGGAUGGAUCAACAAAGCAGUUUAAUUAUCAUCCCCUGUUCAUGGUUAUUGGCCUCGUUUUUUUGAACGCCGAAGCAAUGAUUUCAUAUCGUGUAUUUCGCUAUGAAUCUAAAGUGGUUGUUAAAACGGUGCAUUUAUGCUUACAAACAGCAUCAUUUAUAUUCGUCGUGGUCAGUUUGCUUGCAGUGUUUAGCCACCAUGAUCAUAAAGGAGAAGAAAACAUUACAUCAUUACAUUCUUGGAUUGGAAUGAUUAUCGUUGUUGUUUUUGGUCUUCAGCUGGCGUUUGGAUUCAUCGUGUUUGUUUUGUCUGGUGUUGCAGAAAGUACGAAAGAAGCAUUUCUGCGUUUACACAAGUUUUUUGGUGUUUCCAUUUUCGUUGCUUCGGUCGCUCAAUGCUGUAUUGGAAUAACACAAAACAUCGAUGACUCCAAAAUUGAGCCAUUGGGGACAGAAGCGAUGAUCGCUAACUUCUUGGGUUUGGUUCUUAUCGUAUUUUGCUUCACUGUCCUCGCUGUCCUGGUUCCUGAUGAAUUCCGUCGUCUAACAGACAAAGAACGCGCCAUUGUCAUGUUGGAGAGAUAUGACAGCGAGUAGAUAGAUUUUAUCCGUUAUGUCCACCUUUUUUACCUUAGUACUUGCACUGAUAGCUUUAUCACCUCGUAUAUAACCUGAUUUAACAUAUAGAGAGGCAGGGGCGCAAAUUUCUAGGAAAUGGCAUGGGAGUUAUGAUUGGUGUAUAGCCUGCGCACACAUGCACCCUAGCGAAUUUCUUACUGCAUUCGUAUGCUGGUUAUGCGCACAGGUUAUCAGUUACAUGCGCAAAACGAAGGAAUUCUUAGGAGGCUGGAAGGUUCGAAACAGUCUUUUUAUGAGUAUUUAUACAAUUAUACUAUUUAACAAUUAAUGCAAUUAAACUUUUAGAGUCGACCGAGGCUCGUUUUCAAAAUCGCAGAGGAAAAUUUUUCCGCGUCGCACCAACAAAUUUUGCAAGGCCUACACACACUGGACGCUAUACACCGGGAGCAACGCGAUUUUUGCAUAUUUUUGAAUUCUCAGAGUCACAUCUCUCGGGCCCAUAAAUCUCAAAAUUUCCUUGCUUCAAAAAUUCGCGUCGCGUUGACGAUUUACGUCCAGCGUGCGUGUGCCUGGCUUACGGGGUGACGGGCUUAAAACAAUCAACGCCAAUCAGGACUGAACGGUCGUUUCAUUAGGGGGGGGGGGGGUCAAAUACAUCCUUGAUUUGCGCCCCAGUAUAGAAAGAAAUAUAAUUCAAAUAAUAUUUAGAAAAAAUUAAAUGCUGAACAUCAUCCGAACCACAUUGUUAUCGUCUAAAAUCAGUUCAUUAUUUAGUGUCGAUAGAUAUCAAAAUUUAUUUCCGUUUAAACAUUAAAUGUAUGUAAACUGUUAUUCAUAUUUUCUAGUUCCUAGUGUUUUUAAACUAGUGCACUUUAUUUAACCACAUGUCAGUGUUUCUCGAUCAACAAUAAAAAUAUUUCUGUUUUCUGUGUA